GUCGCCACAAGCCCACAAUACUAUAGUUAUUAGUUACUACAGCUGCUGCUACUGCUGCUCCUGGUGUCCAUACUAUAAUUCCUAUUGUAUAAGUAAUAACACUAUUAUUAUUGUACAUAUCGCGUAAAGGAGUAACCGAUACUAAAGUGCGCCGUGUAACUGUAAUCUGUAUCGGCAAUAAUAUUUUAAUUUUAAUCAAGUUGUCCGUGGGCCGUGACGGACUCUAGUACUCAUCCAAUAUCCACAACAUAAAACAGUCGUUGUCAGAGUCCAGAGACCGUUUCGCAAUAAUACUACUGAUUGAAUAUUGUUGUUAUUAAUUUUAUAUUUAUAUCUGUGAAUAAUCCUGUGGCGGCGCUCUUUUUCAAAUGCUGUUAAAUAUGUUUGACACUUUGACUCAUCAAACUCGUAUUGUUACGAUAAUUCGAUAGCUGUACAAAAUAUAAAAAACUGGAUGCUAACUGUACAUAAAAAUGGCGCUAACCGAUGAUGUAGAUGAUAAAGAAUGGCUUCAAAGCCUUUUGUUGGAUGUUCAACUUGAACACUUCCUUAAUCGAAUCAUUGACGAACUUCAAAUAACCAGAUUAACUCACUUUGAGUAUGUUAAACCUGAAGAUUUGGAAAAUAUUGGUAUAAGUAAACCAGCAGCUCGAAGGUUGUUGGAAGCUGUAAAAAAACGUAAAGGUGCAGAGCGAAGAUAUAAGAUUUUGUCAAUUUUGGGUGGAACACAAGCCAACAAACAUUCAACAGGAACACUAAAAAAAAAUGCAUCUUCUACUGAAUCUGCUCAACCAUCAGCUCUAUCUCUUACUUGUUUAAUCCUUGAAAAGGAUAUAAAGUUAUCUGAAAAAAUUGGUGAUGGUUCUUUUGGAAUCGUGAGCCGUGGAGAAUGGACCACUUCAACUGGACGUGUGGUUCAAGUUGCUGUCAAGAUGUUAAAACAAGACGUACCAUCAUUACCACAAAUGUUUGAAGAUUUUGUCAAAGAAGUUCAGGCUAUGCACACUUUAGAUCACGUGCAUCUUAUAAAGUUGUAUGGAAUUGUUUUAACUCAGCCAAUGAUGAUGGUAACUGAACUUGCUGCUUUAGGUAGUCUUAGAGACUAUUUAAGAAAACAAUGUGGCCAUAUUAUGAUAACCGAUUUGUGGGAGUAUGCUCUACAAGUUGCUACUGGCAUGGAGUAUCUUGAGAAAAAAAGGUGUAUACAUAGGGAUUUAGCAUGUCGAAAUAUAUUGCUUACUACACCUCAACAGGUAAAAAUUGGUGAUUUUGGACUGAUGCGAUUAUUGCCAAUGGAAGAAGAUUGUUAUGUUAUGACAGAACGACGCAGAGUGCCAUUUCCCUGGUGUGCCCCAGAAAGUUUACGCACUAGACAAUUUUCACAUGCUUCUGAUACAUGGAUGUAUGGUGUGGUACUCUGGGAAAUGUUCACUGGAGGUGAAGAACCUUGGGCAGGUCUUGAUGCUUCUCAAGUACUAUCCAAACUUGUUAGAGAACGUCAGCGUCUUGAGCAACCAGAAGCAUGUCCAAUAAACUUAUACAGAUUAAUGCAACAGUGCUGGAUCCUAGACCCAGGUGAACGUCCAAGUUUUAAAAGCAUAAGAAAUUAUUUAAAAAGUAACUCUCCAAACAUUGUCAAAGCUACAUCAACUUUGGUAUCCACUGAAUUUUGUGACGACUCAAGUAAAUUGGAAGUAGAAGUAGGUGAUCGAAUUAUUGUAAUUGAUGGGCAACCUGAUCAUUUCUGGUGGAAAGGACAAAAUUUGAGGACUUUUCAAAUUGGAAACUUUGCUAGGCGAUCAGUUGAUCCAAUGAGACGGAAAGCAUCAGACGAUAUCAGCAAACCCCUUCGAAAUUCUUUCAUUCAUACUGGCCAUCAUGGUGAUGCUAGUGGAAACAAUUGGGGCUUUCAUGAUAAGAUCGAUCAAGUAUAUUUGAACAAUCCUAUGGAACCACCAGAUUUAUUAGGAGGUCGCCCGAGAGUUGUUGAAACUGGUCCUCCUAUACUGCCAAGUCGGAAAAAUACAAGUCCCAAAAAAAAUUCAGACCUAGUUGAAAAAAAUGUACGAUCCAAAGCUGAAAAAUCCAAAAACACUGUGCUUACAUCUAUACUUCCAUCAAACAAACAAUUCAACUACUCUAAGCUUACAGAUGGUCGUAAAAGAAGUUUAAGACCAGCUCCUGGCAGACCUCCUGGUCCAUUUCCUCAACUGCCUAAUGGCGAACAAGUUUUAGUUGAUUUGGAUGGAUGUACACCACCACCCAUAAACCAUAACACUAGUAAUUCUUCAUCCAUCAACUCCAAUUUAUCUAUUCUUGAUCAACCAAUUGAUGUUGCAGAAACUAAUAAUUCUGAACCAUUUAAUUAUAAUCAUACAUAUACAAAUGUCAGUGGAUUAUUUUCUUCUGAACAACCUAGUGAUCCAUUUGAUACUUCUAUAUUUGAGACCCCCAACGAUGGGGUCCAAAAGUUUCCUUCUUAUUCUGAUACACAAAUUUUACAAUCCAAUGAGCUUGUGUUGAAUAAUACACCCAAACUCGAUAUGAACUUUAUUGCUGAACUUGAAAAAAGUCUAGGUAAAAAAGAAGCACAAGCCAAUACUAAUAACCAAAUUGUGUUGGCACCUCCUAAUGUGGCUCCAAAAAAAUUAAACACUGAACUUUUAAAUUCAGCUAUUCCUCGACCUUCAAGUUCCAUAAACAAUCACACUAAUGGUUCAAAUACAUCUAGUUAUUAUUCAACAACAGAACUUGAUAUGUCGUUAUUUGUCUCUAAAUACGAUUCAGAUCCAAUAUAUGCGGCCAAUCUGAAUAUAGCAGAAAAUAAAGUCAAAGAGUUGUGUAUUAGUGAUAUAACAACACAUAAAAAUAUCAAUAAUACAGCUUCCAAUUAUUAUAGAAAUGAUGUAUAUUCGAAUGUCAAGACUGAUAAUUUAACUGUUGCCUCAAAUUAUAGUUCACCGUACUAUAGUCCUCCUGUAGACCUAUCAAGGUACUAUAGUCAAACACCCAACAUGUAUCAGAUUGUUCCAGAGCAAAAUAUGUCUGAUUCUUCUGUAUCUCAGCUUUGUAGUUAUUUUAAUAAUACAGUGACCGAAGAAGAAUGUUUAGAUGCUUUGGAAGCUACAUGUUGGAAUUUUCAGGAGAGUGUAAAAUAUCUAAAAAUUAAUAAUCUUUUAAGAUUAGGAAUGGCAUCCAGGGAAGCUUGUGUUACUGCUCUGAACAACUGUAAUUGGAAUGUUGAAGAAGCUGCUUCCACACUAUGUGACGCUGUUUGAACCCACCACUUAUAGAAAGAAUAGGUUUCUCCACUAGUGUCAGGGAACACAUUUUUAUUUUUCCCUAAGGGAAAUGUUUACGAUUGAAUUAUACAAUUUGUAAACUAUAGUCUAUAUAUUUUAAAAUUAAGUAUACCUGUGAUAAAAUUUCCAUAUUAGGUAGUUAGCCAUCAAAAAAGUAUAAUUUAAAUUAACACCAAAGUAAUAAUAUCUUUUUUAAUAAAUGUAUAAAAAUCAAAAUGUUCAACAUCACAGAAACUAAAUAUUUUUUAUUUUUAUUUAUUCUAUAUUAUUUUGUCUGUUAAAUUCUUAAAUAAGUUUGUCUACGUAUUUAAAAAAAAACAUUUAAUCUAUAAACUCACUAGUAUGUUAAUAAUUAAUUUAAUUUAAGACCUGUGUAUAAGGAAAGCUUCAAUUAAAUCGAACAAAUAUGAAUUGUAUAAAUAUUGUUAAUCAUCACAAAUAACUAUUUAUUGGAUUUUCUUAAAAAAGUAUCGAUCAAAAUGUUCUGUCUAUGUAUGUUCAAAUUUGUUCCUCAAUCCAGUAUUUCAUUUCAUGCAUAGAUAGUUGUAUUCAAAUUAAUUAGUCUGUUAAAUAUAAAAAUAUUUCAACUUGUCUAAGAGAACAAUUUUUAUUGUGUAUAACUAUUAUAGAACAAAUUUAUUAAACCACCAAAUCCUUAAAACACUUGAAAAUUGCAUGUAAAAUCUAGUGGAGUCGACAGUUAAAUUACUGUAUACAUUAUUGCUACAUAGAAUAAGUAUUUAUAUACUAUUUACCUUAUUUUGUUCAGAUUACCAGCGUGUUCUUUUUUUAUUUUCUUAUUUUAAUUUUAUUAGUGUAAUAUUUAAUUUGGAAUAGCAACAUUUUAUUUGUAAGUUGUAAUGUUUUAAUUUAAUGUAUUGUUUACACCUAGUUACAAAUCUACUCUAAUCAUUUUUUUUAGUAAGUUGUUGGCUUUUACUAUUAUACAUUUAAUGAUCAAAGUAUUUUGUAUUGUUAUUAAUAUUGACAACAAUGUUUGUGAUUUCACUGUCCUUUCAAUUUUAACAGACAGUAUUAUUUACCCGAAUUUAUCUUUUAAUUUUAUUACUAUGAUUUGUUUAUGUCCAAGUAUCAGCAUUAUAAAUUAUGUUAAAUCUACUGAAAUAUAUAAUAUUGAAAUUACAAAACAAAA